AUGGCCGCGCUCCUCGGCCCCGUGUUGUUCAUUUACUUCACAUGUAUAUCUACUGUCCAGACUACUGACUGUCUGCACUUGAGGGAGCAAUGUAUUAAUGCUGGAAGCAGAUGUGAGAGUGUCUGGAAUGUGGUUGAAGAGGCCUGCAAUAUUUCAGGUAAUAGAUGCACGGCAGAAGACAAUGUUGGAUGUAAUAGAAUAAUCCAGGUCCUGGCUGACGAAUACCCAGAAUUUAGAAACUGUGUCUGCACUACAGACGAUAUCUGUAGCAUCACAACUUUGCUUGGGAAACUGUGUGGCAUUAAUAAAGACUAUUUGGAGUCUCUCUCAAGGUCGGACACCGAACUGAGUAUUAGGCAGCACAGAAACCCUGAAGAGCAAAGUCGCUCUGAGGAACCGGAGAGCGAGUGCAGCGCUGCGAAGCGGCGCUGCCGGGAGGAGCCUCGCUGCUCCGCCGCGCACAGGAGCUUCCAGCGGGCGUGCCAGGCAGCUGCAGACACCUGCAGCUUCCCAGUGCCUGCAAAGUGUUUGUCAGCCUGGAAAGAACUGAGGAAAACAGUUCUGGGGAAGUGCACGUGCUCAGAGCCACUUCAGACGAGAUGCAUUAAAAUCUGGAAGGGAAUAUUUAACAACCCUUGUUUACAAUACUCUCAGGAGAGCCAAGCCUCAGGAGCAAGUGAAAAUGAUGGCAGUGAUGAUGACUAUAAUGCUGAUGUUGAUGGUGAGAAAAAUCUGAUCACUGACACAGACAAUAUUAGUAUGGAAACAAAAUUACAGUGGGGUUUAUCUACUCUCUCCAAACAAGGUUACACAACAAACAGGAGCUGUUUGGAUGUGAACAGGGAGUGUGUUGAAGAUGAAGUGUGUAACAAACAGUUGUCCCUGUACCUUAAAGUUUGCUCAGUAAAUAAGAAGUGCAAUGUGGAAGGAUGUCAAGCAGCCAUAAGGUUCUUCUAUCGAAACAUGCCUUUUGAAGUUGCCCAAAUGAUGAUAUUUUGUGACUGUAUCCAGCAUGAUGAAUCCUGCCACAGAGCCAAAGAACUUCUCCAUGGCAAGGCCUGUGCAGUUACAGUAGUUCCACCCCCAUCAUGUCUGAAUGUAAUCCACAUGUGUGAAGAGAAUGAAUUGUGCAGGAAAAAAUACACAACUUUUCAGUCAAAGUGUUGGAGACAUGUGACAAAAAAAUGUUAUAAUGAUGAAGCUUGUCUUGAAACUUUACUCAAGGAUGACAUGCCCUGUUCUGCCAGCGCUGAUUGCAAAGCAGCCUAUAUGAGCAACUGGGGCACGAUGCUGCACAUGGAGUGCACCUGCCAAAAUCUGCCUCCUGUGGAGCAGCCUUUGUGUGAGCUCUUCCAUCACAUGCUGCACAGCAAAUCCUGCUUCAGUGACUUACGUCAAAUUUCUAUUCAGAAGAAGGGUUUUCACUGGGUGAAUACAGAAAUGCCAGGGGAAAAGAUUUCCGGAGCACAGCUGCAUUCUUCUGCAAUUAACGGUGAAACUGUCUACAUUAUUGCUUACUCCUCCUGCAUAGCUCUUAUCCUAGGAAUAGUCCUGUUGACUCUCCUAAAGAUCAGAGCCUGCAGAACAAAAUAUGAGUCAAGAAGUCCCUCGCCAGACCAUUCUUCUGAAACAUUUAUGGCCCAUUAUAAAAGUCACAGAUGAACUACUCUGUUGCUUAUGCUUUUUAAGGCUAUUCCUGAAAGCCAGCCUGUUGUACAUAUGUGAUAAUAAAAUAUAUAUUAGAAAAACUUCUAUAAGUUAUGAAAUUUUGUAGUUAAGCAUGCAAAAUAUUUUUUAUAU